AUUGACAUCCUGAUGGAGAGCUGUUGGAGUUUUCUAAGACAAUGUGGAAGGCCUAGAAGGAAAGUAACAUUGGCCAUUCUGGGACUUGAUAAUGCUGGGAAAACUGCGACAAUAAGGAGCAUUCAAGGAGAAAACCCGGAAGAUGUAUCCCCUACUGUGGGAUUUUCUGCCGUGGACCUGAAACAGGGACAGUAUGACGUGUCCAUGUUUGACCUUGGCGGGGGAGAGGGUAUUCGCGACAUCUGGAAGCACUACUUUGCCGAGUCUCAUGCUGUGAUGUUUGUGGUGGACUCCAGUGAUGUCCAGCGCAUGAACGAAGCCAAGGAAUCACUGGCCAAAGUGUUAAGACACCCUUGCAUCGCUGGGAAGCCAGUUCUUCUCCUGGCAAACAAACAGGACAGAGAAGGAGCCCUACGUGAGGUGGAUAUCAUAGAUCAUCUGUCCCUGGAGACGCUUGUGAACCAGAACAAAUGCCUCUCUAAAAUAGUGCCGUGUUCUGCUGUGAAAACCAUUGGGAAAAAGGCCAUUCAGAGUGGACUGCAGUGGCUUCUGAAGACUGUAGCCAAUUGCUAUGACUUGAUCAGUGAGCGUGUGCAGAAGGAUACGGUGGAGCAGAGAGAGCAGGAAGAGAAGGAGAGGAGAGAACGGGCAGAAAGGGUGCGCCUGGUUCGAGAGGAGAGGGAAAGGAGAGAGCUGGAGGAGGCUGAACUAGAGGAUAAGUCUGCAGAACCGGAGCAGGAGGCCGGCAUCAAUGGCGAUCCUUUCCAACCGAUUGGAGCCGUCAUCUCAGUGAUGAUAGUGAAGAAGACAGAGAGCAAGAAUGAUAGUGCAGAGAAGAUUGAGCAAGCUUCAGCAGACCCCAUUCCAAAGAAGAAGAGGAAGCUGUUCUUCUGGAGGAAGAAUAGAGUGGUGCCCUUCACACCAGAUGACGGCACUCAAAUGCAGCGCCAUUGCGUCUGA